CAAUCCUUAUCAACUAAAUUUACUAUACACACUAUACAAUAUGUUUCCAGAAACCUUUUGUAGUAAUCCCUAUUUAUUUUGGUCUUUAGUGUUACCCGAAGAUGAAGUGCCGACAACUUCCUGUUACAUGUUGGGAUCUUGCAAAAUAACUAGAUAAAUAACUAAAAUGGAAAGGCGUAGAUAUAGUUGACAAUUUGAUAAAAAUGGAGGGCUUAUCAGCCACAGAAAACCUGUUUGAAAAAUGGAUGUUGUUUUCGGCAAAGAAUGAUCGAGAAAAGUUAGCUGAUUUUGUAAAUUGUUUCCAGGAAACUUACAAACAUUUAGUUGAUUUAGAAUUAACACAUCUAAAUGAUGGGUAUUCUGAGGAAGGACCACAUUUUACAGUGUUACCAAAUGGUGUGUUACAAGUGUUCAGUACUCAGUUGUAUCAGUGUAGCGAAUCAAUAGCUCAAUCAUGUGAUCUGGAUACACUUCAUUUUGCCAGUUCUAUAAUGGAAUGUCUCAUUAUUAUUACAAGGAACUAUGAUAAUGUCCCACUGGUAGCUUCAUGUGAAUUUGUCAAGUAUAUUGUAUCAAUAGCCAGUAAAGUCAUCUCUAAGAUUAAAGACAAAUCCUGUGAUAUUGAUGACAUCUGCAUUUUUGUUAAGCUGGUCAUUCACUUUUUUGAGUGUCUGUAUGAUCCUUACUUUAUUUGGAGGAAAAGAAUUAAAGGAUGGAGUAUGGACAAGAAUAGAAUGAAGAAUAAGCCAGCUAAUCUCCAUGUAGAAGUUGUUCCUUUCUUUUUUGAUUGUUUUGAUAGGGGCCAUUUGCCAUUUGAUUUGAGAAUUCGUCUCCUACACAUGUUUGGUGCUAUCAUGUGUGGUUCACAGAAUAAUGCAUUGAAGGUGAUAACCCCUGCUACUUUAGAGGUGUUACUCAAAAUGUUAUCAGCAGAUCAUGUGACUGGGCCGACCAAUGAAUUACGCCAGGAGUUGUUCUGUAUAAAGGAUCUGGUACUGAAAUGUAUUAUAUGUAUGGUACAUGUCAUCAACUUAGCCAGUAUUGACCAGAGACAGGUAGAGGUGUCCCAUGUAAUGGAGGAUUAUAUAAAGAUAUUGUUAAAGAAAGAAGAUGAACCACAGGAUGAACAAGAAACACACAUACAGUUAGCUAUGAUUGGUGCUAUAAAUGAAAUGCUGUCGUGUCAGGACAAAAGCUCCUUACAAGUUAUAAUGGUCAGUGGUGGAACAUUUGAUGCAUUUAUUUCCUUGCUACAGAAAACUGCUUUAACAGGAAGUGAAGGCCAGACUUUAGCAAUGUCAGUGUUGGGAGUAAUGAACUCAGUCCUGUCAGGAUCUGUUAGUGCUAAGGAACGAUUUCAUUUAAGAGUUGGUUAUGUGAAGUUUGUGGAGGCUUUAAAAAGUCUUGGUCAGCCUUCCAUAGAUCUAUUGAAAGCUGUUUUAAAUUUAGUUGUAGAGACAGAAUUUGACAGUACAAAACAUCUGGUGGUCCACAAUACACAAGCUGCUAUUAUGUUACUACACUGGUUACCAGAUAUACAGUCACAUGACUUACAGAUGUGGUUGUCAGAGUGUUUAGGUACUCUAUGUGCUAAAUCCUACAACAAAAUGAAUUGCUGCAGAGAUGGAAUGAUUGGUGCUAUUCUACAGGUCCUAGAGAGGUUAAAACAGAUCAAUACUAAGGCUGUUGGUUAUUUGAUAAGCUUAUUAGAAUGUUUGGGUACACAGUCAAUUACAGCAACAGAACUCAAGAAACUGAUUAGCCUUCUAAGACUUGACGAAGAAGAAAAUCAGAAUCCUUACUGUAGCAGGCUUAUGAGGGCAAUGUCAACAAUGGCUAGAAGAGAGGGAAAUGAAGGGGCAUUACAUUUCUUAAGUCUACAGGAACAUAAUGAUUGUGUUACUUUACCAGCUGGCAUCAAGAAAUGGCCAGGUGUGGCAUUCUCAUUCCAUGCUUGGUUGUGUUUAGACACAGAAGUUGACCUUACCACACAUAACAUAGCUGGUAUAACCUACAGAAGACAGCUAUACAGCUUUAUAUCUAGUACUGGGUGUGGAUUGGAAAGUUUUGUAACUGCAGAGUUUGACAUUGUGAUAUCUGUAUUCAACAAAAAAGAGCAUUCUUCUGUUCUGGUGGCAAAUACGACCAUUGGAGAUGGACAUUGGCACUGUAUAGACAUUGUCCAAAGUAGUUCUCGACGACCAUUUACAGUCAGUCAACUCAAUGUUUACUUUGAUGGAAAACUAGUACACAACUCACAGCUUAAGUUUCCAAGCAUGACAGAUCCAUUUUCAUCAUGCUAUAUAGGAUCUCCUUGUCCAAAAUCAGCUUUAGCUGCCAUUGCUGACCAAAUAGAUUCUAACACAAAUGCAGAGGUAAAGAAAAAGUCACCAUUCAAAUUCAUCUUUCCUGGCCAAUCAAAACCUAGUACUGAACCUGGUGUCAAAACUGUUGCUACUGGUACACAGAAUGAAGAAUGGGGUUCUCCUAUAGUACUUUAUGGACAAAUAGGAUCAGUUUGCUUAUUUCAUGAUGUGAUAACGCCAUCUCAGAUUAAAACACUUUAUACAUUAGGACCAAAUAAGAUGAAUAUUUUUGAUGAUGAUGACCACACAGAACUGAAUGAUUUAGUCAAUAAAUCUGUACUCUAUUACUCAGCCAAGGCUCACAAAGAUGGAGUAGUUGUUGAUUUGACUGGAAAUCAGCACCAUGGACAUUUGAUUGGUCAGUGCUGUGUCACAUGGGACAUUAAGGAUGUGAUUAACUGUAUUGGAGGAAUUCAGGUUUUGUUUCCAUUAUUGGAGCAGGUCAACAAAUCACCUAUUCCUGAAAACGAUGAAGUCACCACACUUUCUAAUCCUGUAACCAUUUCACCAACAGAUGAUGAUUGGCUUCUGAUACGUCCUAGCAGUUCUUAUGCUGAUUCUAAACUAGAACAGAAUCAAGCAGCAGGGUUUUUGACACUUUUAAGACAUAUGUUACACACAAGUUCUACAAACAGGGACACUUUCACCAGAAUAAAUGCGGCGGCAACAAUUGGAGCAAUAUUACAGAAGGUGAACUGUAAGCUGAUUGACGUGCAUGUUCUAAUGUCUGCUCAGUUAUUGGUAGAUAUGGCCACCACCACUAGUCGUACUCUUCUGCAACACUUAUACCAAUACAUUUUGUUUGACUUCAGAAUCUGGAGCAAAAGUCAUUUUCCUAUACGAAUAGGACACAUCCAGUAUCUCUCUACAAUAAUUAAAGAUGACAAGAAGUACUUCAGGAAGAAGUUUGGUGUACAGUUCAUAUUGGAUGUAAUCAGAAUGUAUUAUAGUUCUGUACGAGAUAGUGGUCUUUCAUCAGAAGAUUCUAAACAGAUCCGUGUAUCUUUAUUUAGUCUGGUGAAGUUUUAUAUAGCAAGGGAAGUAACUGCUGAUGAACUUUUACACAUAAUAGGUUUUCUUGUGGUGGCCAGAGAGGAAAAUAUGAUCUGUGAGAUUUUAGACGUAUUGAUAUCACUUCUAGAGAACCCCCGUAAACAGGACCAGUUAUUUCUGUUGUUAUUUGAGGCAGACAUGGGAGAGAUGUUAUAUGGUUUACUGGUACACCAAGGAUACUCAGUUGUAUUCUAUGAAAAAAUUGUCAAGGUUUUAUAUUUAUUGCUCAAGUCAGAUAAAGUUUAUGAAAAAAGUAAAACCCGUCUUCGGCUGGCCGAAUGUGGGCAUUUAGGAAUUGUUGGAUUGAUGCAGGGCAUUGAUAUCUCUGGGCCAAUGAUCAAAAGAUUUUUAGAACAAGUAACUUUUAAUGAUACUUCACAGAACUACAACUCCGUUUUAGCAAUACUACAGUUAAUACAUACUUGUGGAUCUGAUAUUAAACUGGAAGCUACAAAACAGAUAAUUUCUCUGUUGGUUUCUAGACCCAAUGCUGCCAAAAGUUUUGCCAAACAACUGGUUUGGCAAGAAUCUCUAGUCAAACUGUUUAUCUUCCCGACAUUUGAUGAUGACCUUCCUGUAAAUAAUAGUCAUCAUCAACUUUCAUCAAAUCCCAUUUCUGAGGUGACUAAAAGUGAAAUGACCUCAGAUUCUACUGUUGUUAACAGUACUGUAGAAAGUGAUGAUGUUGACAAUUCUCAAUGUGAUGUUGCUACUGCAUGUGAUAAUCAUAAGCCAGGAAAACACCCAGAUAACUUGAAUUUAUUUUUAGCCUGUGAUAAUGUUUCUUUACCUUCACCCAAGACUCCAGGGACACCUAUGUUUCUUAAUCACAUUGAGGAUUUUAAUAGCAGUUCAGAAGAUCUUCGACUUAGAUCUAUGAGUCGAAGUUCAACAGCAAGUUUAGAGGAUUUGAGUUCAAGUCGUCGCUCACAGGACCGUGACAGUAGAAUUUCAGGUUUUUCAAUAAAUGGUCCCGUAGACAUGAAUGCCUCAAUAAGCUCUAUUAGUGAUUCCCGUAGAAGUUCUGGGAGCUUAGAGAAUGAAGAUCUACAGCAGGCACUGGAUAAAUUAGGUAUACAAUCUUACCUGAAGGACAGCGGAGAAAGACAGGAAGAAGUAUGUCAGAAUGUUAUUGUUAUCCUCCUGAUGAUAAUGACAAAAGGUGUGGAAGGAUCUAACACUGAUGCAUGGAAGGAAAGAAUCCAGGUGUUUACAUGGAUAGACAAAAUAGCAGAAGACAAUGAAUUGAUCAGGCCUGCCAUAUACCUCAAACGAAGAUUGUUUGAAAUGUUGGUAGAAGCCAAUGCAACAGAAAUCAGAGAAUCAGGACAAGCAUUAGCAGGUCCAUCUGAGAAUGCCAGAGAAUUGAUAAAAUUUGUACGUUAUUUUAUGUUAACAGAACCAUCAGAUGAUAAAUUCAGUGUCACUCUGAUAGAGGAUGUUAUGUCCUUGAUGGAUAAUCUGGCAGUCUGGGAUGUAGAAUCAGAUGGAGGCUGGAAAGAAAUGGCUCGACUGGGGUUAAAUCUAUUGAUACUGUAUGGUCAGUUUCCUGAUGUUGAGUUAUGUGCAGUUGCAGCUGCCAAACUUCACAUGUUGGUACAAACCAAACUCAUCUCUAGUUCAGCUGAAGCAUCAUACCUGAUUGGAAAUUUGAACAGCACUAUUCAACAGGCAGUAAAAGAUAAGACGGACAACUAUUCCUUCCUAAUCACAGUGAUGAAGGCUUUAAUAGAGAAAGCUCAUACAUUGUUAUCACUGGAUAUGCAGCUUCCUAACCUUCCUACACUCUCCAGAAGUCCAUCAUUUUUCGAUGAUUUUAAAUCUUACUGUUUCUCUGAAGAAUGGAAAAAUUUUAUGGAAAACUAUGUAACACCACAAAUGGAACACUUUACAGAAAGUGCCUUCAAUGAAGUGGAUCAAGAUACAAAACUGUUCUGGUCAGACUGUAAACAAUUGAUGAUGGAGAACUUUCACAAACGCAACAGGGAGCAAGGCGAAAGUAAACUCAAAUUUCAGAGUCAGAUAUUUGAUGUGUAUAAGAACAAAGCUAUCAACGAAGAAAGACGAUUCCAAAAUGUUGCCAUUCACAUGAAGAAUCAAUAUUCUUCUACAGUCAGGCAGUGGAGAGCAAGUAAACGAUUCUUCACUGGAGAGACUGGUGCCUGGGCCGAAAGGAGUCAGGGAGCACUUCAAUGGAAGAUGUCUAACCAAGAAAACUUUUCCAGAAUGAGAGUAAAGUUAAUACCUAACUAUAAUUUUGACCUGCAUGUUGAAGCCAGCAGACAGAGAGAUAAUAUAGGUGUUAAUGACUUAGAUCCAUCAGAUCAACUGAAACAGUUAACUGUAACCAAGGAAGCCUUGGUUUCCAAGGAGAACAUUGCUGAUGACAUCAUAGGAGAUGAAGAAUGGACAGCAGUUAAUCCAGACGGAACUGAUGGUCCUAAUGAUAAAGAAAAGUUAGUGUUGUCUGAAGAAUGUCAACUGAUCACUAUGGUAAAUGUAUACCAAGGUCGACUAGAGGUCACCACAACUCAUGUUUAUUUCUUUGAUUGCAGUACAAACAAAGAAGAAGGUGGAGAAGACUUCAAAUGGGCGUUGUCUCAGUUGAGAGAGAUACACUUUAGACGCUAUAACUUACGCAGAAGUGCUUUAGAAUUGUUUCUCAUUGAUCAGACCAACUAUUUUCUUAACUUCCAGAAGAAGGUGAGGAACAAAGUUUACAGUCGGAUUUUAAGUUUACGACCACCAAACUUGAUUUACUUUGGCUCGAGAUCACCAGCAGAAUUACUGAAGUCAUCAGGACUUUCUCAGAAAUGGGUACAUAGAGAGAUAACAAACUUCGAAUAUCUGAUGCAAUUAAACACAAUAGCAGGUCGAACCUACAACGAUCUUAGUCAGUAUCCUGUGUUUCCGUGGAUACUAAGUGAUUAUGAGUCUGAUACAUUAAAUCUGAAUAGUUGUACCGUAUACAGAGAUCUAUCCAAACCAAUCGGUGCUGUUAAUCCUAAAAAUGAAGAAAUGCUCAGAGAUAAAUUUGAAACAUUUGAGGAUCCCUCUGGAGUGAUAGAGAAGUUCCACUACGGGACCCAUUACUCUAAUGCAGCAGGUGUCAUGCACUAUCUCCUCAGAAUGGAACCUUUUACUGCUCUACAUAUAGAACUACAGGGGGACAGAUUUGAUGUAACAGAUAGACAGUUCCACUCAGUUCCUGGUACAUAUAGAAUGCUGAUGGAAAACCCAAACGAUGUCAAGGAACUUAUUCCGGAGUUCUUUUACUUACCUGAAUUUCUAGUCAAUGAGAAUGGAUUUGACCUUGGUAAACUUCAGAUCACAAGAGAGCAAGUCAAUGAUGUUAAGCUGCCAAAGUGGGCGGAGUCUCCUGAAGAUUUUGUACAUAAAAAUAUGUUAGCCUUGGAAUCCGAGUAUGUCUCAGAGAACCUCCAGAAUUGGAUUGACCUGAUAUUUGGUUACAAACAAAAAGGUCCAGCAGCUGCAGAAGCUUUAAAUGUUUUCUAUUACUGUACAUAUGAAGGCGCUGUAGACUUAGAUGCCAUUACAAAUGAACAUGACAGAAAGGCUUUAGAGGGAAUGAUUAAUAACUUUGGACAGACACCAACACAGUUAAUGAAGGAGCCUCAUCCCAGAAGAAUGACAGUAGAAGAAAUAGUAGCUAGAUCUAUAAAGAUUGAUAGGCCAUUAAGUAUCUUUCAGUUCAUCAACAAUCUAAAGGUGUAUUUUGUCACAAUAACCCAGGAUACAGAUCCCUUAGCCUAUGUGACUGUCCCAAGAAGUCAAGCUAGGUCCAUUAUACAGCAUGGGAUGCCAGAUUCUAUGGUAACAGUUUCAGAAGAUGGAAAGAUUGGUAUGCACGGAUGGUUACCAUAUGACAAAACCAUUUCUAAUUAUUUCCUGUUUGAGAAAGACCCUUCAAUUACCACAAACAAGUGUAAAAGGCGGCUAAAUGUACCAUUUGCUCCUGGGGUUAAAGUUGAGCCUAAAUUAUUUGUGGUAUCCCAUGAUGCCAAGUUAUUGAUUAGUGGAGGCCACUGGGAUAACAGUCUACAAGUGUAUCAUCUGGGGAAGGUGAAGAAGAUAAACCAUAUUGUCAGACAUAUUGACAUUGUAACUUGUGUGGCAUUAGACUACUGUGGCAGCCAUCUUGUGACUGGGUCACGUGACACAACAUGUAUUAUUUGGCAAAUACAGCAACAGGGUGGAUUCAGUGUUAACAUUAACAACAGACCUCUACAAACAUUGUAUGGACAUGAAGGGGAAGUUACUGCUGUGUACAUUUCUACAGAACUUGACAUGGUAGCUUCAGCAUCAAGGGAUGGAACCGUUAUUUUACAUACAGUUAGAAGGGGCCACUAUAUGAAAACCUUGCAUCCUCCUUGUGCCAUGGGAUAUACUUUACAUAUACCAUUGCUAGCUGUGGACGAGAUGGGGAGGAUUAUUCUCUACUGUCAUGAGACGUUCCCUAUUGAUCCAAAGGAAAGAUUUUCUUUACAUUUAUACUCCAUUAAUGGGAAGCACUUGUUUACAGAAAAGUUAAUGUAUGGAUUGUGUCACAUGAUAAUUAAGGGAGAUCAUGUGAUCACAGGAGACAUUCAGGGCCACCUUACAAUUAAGGAAAUAUUUGGACUAAGAACAGUCAAUAUGUUUCCACUCCAUGUGCCUAUUCAUUGUUUAUCAGUAACCAAUAGCAACAGUCACAUCUUGGCAGGAAUCCGAGAUGGCAAGCUUAUCAUUAUUGGUGUUAAAAAUAGAACUGAUGCAAGAUGACACUGACGACUCUGUUAUUUAAAAAGAAUUACUCAAUCACCAUAGAAAUCCACAUGGUUGACCUAAAACCAAACAAAAAGUGUUGGUGGUGGACAAUUUACAUUACUUAUUACAAAGUGUUUAUAAGUGAUAUUUUCAAAAGACAUAUUAAUAGAUUAAAAGAUGAAUGAAAUUUUAAUUUAAAAGUUCAGCAUUUAUCAUUAGAAUGCAAAUAGGUUAAUGGUGUUUGCAAUAUAUUUGAUAUAAAAAUGUGUAUAAUAAAUUAUAUCCAUAUCUUUAGUCAUAUAACCCUAAAAAGGGUUUGAACUGUAUGUUUUAAUCAUUUAUUUAAUAUUAUUAAGAAAUGAACCUAACUUUAGAUCAGUAAACCUUUUGUUUUGAUGAUAAAUUCAACAUUCAUUGUAGAGACAUCUCUGGGAAUUUCUAACAUUUUUGUUUUAUUUUGAAAAUUUUAUAUAUAUGUAUAUAUGUUACAGGAAAUCAUUGUAAGUGGCGUUCUCACAUGUAAUUUGAAGCAGUGUACUAAUUACAUGUAAUCUCUAGAUAUUGGAAAGGAUUUCAAGAAAUCCUGAGAAUUUUGACCUAAAAUUAUACAUAUUCCCUAACCCUAACAUGAUUAUAAUGUUAGGAAUGGGAUUACAUGAAUUCAUCAAAGUUACUAGGAAUUCCAUGUAAACCUUUAUUAUGGUUAUUGACUGCAACAUAUAUAUAUAUAUAUAUAAAAGAUUCUACCAAUAUUUUUUGUUAUUGUAUUAUCUAUUCUUGCUUUAAACAAAUGUAUAAUACCCUAGGAUGAUUAUUUCUCGUACCUUUUGAUAGUAUUAUGUUAACAGUAAACAUGUAAAGUUGUCAUUGAGUAGAAGUUACAAAGGCAAGGACCUCAUUAUGAAUGUUAUUUCUUCACUGGGAAAAACUUAAACUUUCAACAUCUAAGAUGAUUUCAUUUACAAUUCAAAUUGAAUUCUUACAGUGGAUUGAUAUUCCACAGAAGCAAUUUUAUAAUGAAAUUUUUACAAUGUUUACUUUAAUACAUUUGUAACAGUACUUUCUAAGUUAAAAUAAGAUAGGCAUUCUCAUAGGCAUUAUUCAGUCUUUUGUUGACUAAUAAAUAAAUUACAUAUGCCUCAGAAAAGUGUAAAUACAUAUCAUAUUUAUAAGACUGAUUUUUAAUAGUCAAUAUUUUUUUCAUUUUUAUUUUUGUAUACAUUUGUGCCUUGUUCCUAGUUACCUCAAUAAUUUUUUUCUGAUUUUGUAAUUUGAUGUUAGUUGUAUGCUUUUAAAAAAUUGGAAGGUCAUCUUUAUAACUCUGUAUUGAUCAGCACAAAUUUUGAAAAUAAUUAGAGUUCUGUUUUUCUGAUUUGCUUUAAUUAUUUCAGUGCUCUACAUUAGCUAAAAGUAUUCUAAAACGUUGCAAUAUGAUUUACAGCAAAAUGUAAGGAGGCAUUUUGGAAAACAUUAUUUAAAUACCAAUUUUGGAGUAUUUUUUUAAAUAAGUGCUGGUACAAACUAGAUUUCAAAAUGCACAAUGUAGGCUCUAAACACAUAUUUCAAAAUUAUUAUUGUCAGACAAAGCUUAAGGGGUCUUUAAGUUUGCACUCUGUCCCUCUGUCUAUCUCUCCAUCCGUCAGUCUGGCAAGUCAGUUUUUCAGACUUUUUUUUGUAAUGCUUGAAGAUAUUGAUUUGAUUUUUGGUGUAUUGUUUUAUCAUUACAAGUUCCAGGUCAAAGACGAUUUUCACAAUCUUUUCUCCUUGUUCAGUUAAAGCCUUUUCCAUAGAAUUAAAUUUUUGAUGAAAUACUUAUUGAUUACUAAAUUUCUGUUCAAAGGGAAAUAACUCAAUUUAAACUUUCCCUAGAAUUGUUUUUUUUAUACGACGGCAAAAAUUUAAAAAAAAUUGGUCAUAUAUUGGUAUCACGUUGGUUUCGUCGUCGUCGUCGUCCAAAUACUUUAAAGUUUUCGCACUCUAACUUUAGUAAGAGUGAAUGGAAAUCUAUGAAAUUUUAACACAAGGUUUAUGACCACAAAAGAAAGGUUGGGAUUGAUUUUGGGAGUUUUGGUUCCAACAGUUUAGGAAUUAGGGGCCACAAAAGGGCCCUAAUAAGCAUUAUUCUUGGUUUUCACACAAUAACUUUAGUAUAAGUAAUUAGAAAUCAAUGAAAUUUAAACACAAGGUCUAUAACCACAAAAGGAAGCUUGGGAUUGAUUUUGGGAGUGGACGUCCGAACAGUUUAGGAAUUAGGGGCCAAAAAGGGGCCCAAAUAAGCAUUUUUCUUGGUUUUGGCACUAUAACUUUAGUAUAAGUAAAUAGAAAUCUAUGAAAUUUUAACACAAGGUUUAUAACCAAACAAGGAAGGUUGGGAUUGAUUUUAGGAGUUUUGGUCCUAUCAGUUUAGGAAUAAGGGCCCAAAGGGUCCAACAUAAAACUUUGUUUGAUUUCAUCAAAAAUUGAAUAAUUGGGGUUCUUUGAUAUGCUGAAUCUAAAUGUGUAUGUAGAUUCUAAUUUUUGGUCCCAUAUUCAAAUUGGUCUACAAUAAAGUCUAAAGGGUCCAAAAUUAAACUUAGUUUGAUUUUAACAAAAAUUAAAUCUUUGGGGUUCUUUGAUAUGCUGAAUCCAAAAAUGUACUUAGAUUUUUAUGCCCCACCUACGAUAGUAGAGGGGCAUGAUGUUUUCUGGUCUGUUCCUCCGUUUGUCCGUUCGUCCGUUCGUUCGUCCCGCUUCAGGUUAAAGUUUUUGGUCGAGGUAGUUUUUGAUGAAGUUGAAGUCCAAUCAACUUGAAACUUAGUACACAUGUUCCCUAUGAUAUGAUCUUUCUAAUUUUAAUGUCAAAUUAAAGUAUUGACCCCAAUUUCAUGGUCCACUGAACAAUGAAAAAGAUAGUGUGAUGCUCAGGUUAAAGUUUUUGGUCAAGGUAGUUUUUGAUGAAGUUGAAGUCCAAUCAACUUCGAACUUAGUACACAUGUUCCCUAUGAUAUGAUCUGUCUAAUUUUAAUGCCAAUUUUAAUGUAUUGACCCCAAUUUCACGGUCCAGUGAACAUGUAAAAUGAUUGUGCGAGUGGGGCAUCCAUGUACUAUGGACACAUUCUUGUUUAUUAUUGGCCCAGUUUUCAAGUUGGUCAAAAUCAGGUCCAAAAUUAAACUUUGUUUGAUUUCAUCAAAAAUUGAAUAAAUGGGAUUCUUUGAUAUAUGCCAAAUCUAAAUGUGUAUGUAGAUUCUUAAUUUUUGGUCCCCUUUUCAAAUUGGUCUACAUUAAAGUACAAAGGGUCCAAAAUUCAACUAGGUUUGAUUUUAACAAAAAUUGAAUUAUUGGGCUUCUUUGAAAUGCUGAAUCUAAACAUGUACUUAUUUUUGAUUAUGGGACCAGUUUUCAAGUUGGUCCAAAUCAGGAUCCAAAAUUAUUAUAAUAAGUAUUGUGCAAUAGCAUGAAAUUUUCAAUUGCACAGUAUUCAGCAAUAGAAAGGAAUCUUCAAUUGCACAGUAUUGUGCAAUAGCAAGAAAUUUUCCAUUGCACAGUAUUGCCCAAUAGCAAGAAAUCUUCAAUUGCACAGUAUUGUGCAAUAGCAAGUAUUUUCAAUUGCACAGUAUUGCGCAAUAGCAAGAAAUACCUAAUUGACCACUAUUGUGCAAUAGCAAGAAAUUUUUUAAUUGGAGUUAUCUUUCUUUGUCCAGAAUAGUGGUUAAAUCAACUGAAAUAAUUGUUUUAUACAAUAUACAAUGUAUAUUCACUUUUACUACUAACUGAUAAAUUAAAACAAUCUUUACCAUUCAGCGAUAACAAGAACUUUUUGUACAUCUUAAUAUUGUAUGAUGUAUUUAAAUGAGUAGUUAUUGUUGCAAACUCCAUUAGAAAUUUGAAUUGAGAUCAGUUUUGGAAUAAGGGAAAGUUGGAUAUGAAAAAAAAAUUGGGGGGG